AUGGGUAACGAGUGCUCAUCUUAAUGCAAUUGUACUUAAUCAAGAGAAAGACAAAUAGAAUAUUAACUUAAUUAAGAUGAUAUUAUGGGAAAAGCUUAACAAUUAUCAUUAAGAGAUUCAAAGGAUAGUAUAGAUCUCUAGUUCUACGAUUAAAAUAAUAACAUUAAAAUAUAAAACAAUUUACAUCCCAUAGACUUAUAGAAUUAAGAGUAUGGAUAUUUUGAAAAUCAUAAUAAUAUCCAACAUAAUAGCAUUCUUUAAGAUACAUUAGUUCAAUAAAAUACUGUUUAGAAUACUUAAAUUAGUCCGAUUAAAUAGAGUAUGAAAAAUUUAAAUAAUCUUAGCAUGAGUUAGCAAAAUCUUAAUACGGGUUUCAAUAAUACUUUCAAUAAUCUCUCGAAUAACAUUUAAUUUACAAACCAAACUUUUUCAUAGAGCAAUGGAUAGUCCAGAAAAUUAGUAAAAGAAAAAAGACCACCUGUUCAGUUAAAUAACGGAGCUAUUUACACUGGAGAAUGGGUAGGAAAUAAAAAAGAAGGAUAAGGAAUAUAAAAAUGGCCUGAUGGAGCUGAAUAUAAUGGAUCAUGGAAAAAUGGAAAAGCAAAUGGAGAAGGUAAAUUUAUUCAUGCUGAUGGUGAUAUAUUUGAAGGAACUUGGGUAGAUGAUAAAGCUAAUGGAUAUGGAGUAUUCACAAGAAUUAAUGGAUCAAAAUACUGUGGCUAUUGGAAAGACGAUAUGUAAAAUGGACAUGGAGUUGAAGAAUGGUCUGAUGGUAGCAAGUAUUAGGGUUAUUAUAAGGAUGGAAAGAAACAUGGUCAAGGAACUUACAUUUGGGCUGAUGGUAGUUCUUAUGAUGGAUUUUGGAGAGAAAAUUUCUUAGAUGGUUAUGGUGUUUACAAGUGGCCAGAUGGGAGAAGAUAUGAAGGAUAUUGGCAAAGUAAUAAUAUGCACGGAAAAGGAAAGUAUAGCUGGAAAGAUGGGAGAUUUUACGAAGGAGAGUAUUAUGAGGAUAAAAAACAUGGGUUUGGUAUUUAUAGAUGGGCAGAUGGAAAAACAUAUGAAGGAGAAUGGAUGUAUGGAAAAUAACACGGAAAGGGGAAAUAUAUUUAUACAACAGGUGAAGAGAGGUGGUGCCUUUAUGAAAAUGGUAAAAGAUUAAGAUGGUUAACUGAUGAAGAAGUAUAUUUGCUAUCAAAAUAUCCUCUAAAUUACAAUAGCAAAAAUAGUUAAAAUAAUUAAGAGCAUAUAAAUGAUUUUAAUCCUUAAAAUUCACUUCACCAAUUACCAAUUAACUAACAAAUUUUUUGA